AGAUUCUACUUCCGAUCUUUGAUGAUGAUGAUGAUGAUGAUGAUGAUGAUGACGACGAUUGACAGGCAGUGAGGAAGACGCUCAGUGAUGAAGAGUAGCAACCUGACAGAGGAAUAUUGAAACUGAGGCUGCACUUGGGAGUUAUUAACCAUGGAUUUUCUUCCGGAUUCCAAUUUUUCUAUGGAAUCCACCAACACAACAGCAUCAGCUCUGGACAGUCCCCACCACUGCAGCGCCGUCCUCCUGGUCAUCUUUGGCAUCAUCUUCCUCUUUGGCAUCCUGGGCAACUGCAUCGUCAUCUACACCAUCAUGAAGAAAACCAAGUGCCGCGCCAAGCAGACCGUCCCCGACGUUUUCAUCUUGAACCUGUCCAUCGUGGAUGUCCUCUUCCUCCUCGGGAUGCCGUUCCUCAUCCACCAGUUGCUCGGCAACGGGACGUGGCGCUUCGGAGCCACACUGUGCACGGUUAUCACCGCGCUGGACUCCAACAGUCAGAUUGUGAGCACUUACAUCCUCACGGCGAUGACACUGGAUCGCUACGUGGCCACGGUCCACCCCAUACGCUUCAACUACAUCCGAACGCCGUACGUGGCCUCCAUGGUCAUCGCCUUUGUCUGGGCUCUGUCCUUGAUCACUAUCAUCCCGGUGUGGAUGUACGCCGACCUCAUGCCGCUGUCCGACGGCCUGGUGGCCUGCGCCUUGCUUCUGCCCGACCCGGUGACCGACACCUUCUGGUUCACGCUGUGCCAGUUCUUCUUGGCCUUCGCUAUCCCGCUGGCCAUCAUCUGCAGGGUGUUCUUCAAGAUCCUGCAGCACGUGUCCACCAGCGUCGCCCCGCUCCCUCAGAGGAACCUGAGGGUCCGCACCAGGAAGGUGACCCGCAUGGCGGUCGCCAUCUGCCUGGCCUUUUUCAUCUGCUGGGCUCCCUACUACAUCCUCCAGCUGGUCCACCUGGGCGUGCAGAACCCGAGUCUGGCCUUCUCCUACGCCUACAACAUCGCCAUCAGCAUGGGCUACGCCAACAGCUGCAUCAACCCCUUCCUCUACAUCGUGCUGAGUGAAACCUUCAAGAGGCAGUUCCUCAGAGCCGUGCGUCCCGCCAACAUGAAGUUCAACGUCAACUCCAGCACGGCGGAGGGGCGCAGCGUCAGUAUGAGGAUGGUCCCGGACAGGGGUCACACCGAGCAAGCUUCCAGGGACAUGUUGCCGUCCAAUGUCCCCUCACAGUAAAGAAGAAUCACCCAAAGAGGGAUGGAAGGGUCUGAUUACAAUAUUUCGCCUAUGAUAACAUCCUAAUUAGGGGUGUCCCUCUCCGAUAUUGGUCUGAUAUCAGAAAAAAAAUCGGAACACAUUGGCUUGUAUGUAAAAUCCGAUACAGGCAGUCCUGCAGUGCAUUUCCUCAUGCAAAGCCGUACAGCCAGUUAGCAUCGAAAUGUACCCCAAUAAGAUCUUUUCU